GACAAUCCAAGGGAGAGAGAAGGAGCUUCAAACUCACCUCCAUUGCUGAAAAUUAGAGCUCAAGCUUUAGUGCUUAAAGGAAGAAGAUUAAAGAGGGAAAAAGUUGGGAAAAGUGUGAACAAUUAAGGCACUUGUAAAAGGCAUUUCAAGAACUUUGACUAAGUUGAAAGAGUCGCCGGAGUUCAUCAAAAGUCGCCGGAGUUUCGCCGGAGUUCAACCGAGAGAGGUAGAACUUCAUAGCGCUAAUUCGAGGUUGAAGCUAGGGCUUGCUACCUGCACCUUUCUACGGGUGACAUCAAAUUCAAGGAAGACAUGAAAUGGAGGGUAAGCGAAUGGUAACCAGGAACAACCCGAGGGGGCAAGCUCCGGUAGCAUCCAUGAGGGGUAGCCGGGCUGCGUCACGGGGUUCAAGAGGAGGUCGUGGAGGCCGUGGUGGUCAUCGGGCUGAAACUGUGAGCGAUGGCCACGUUAGUUCGGUGUAUGAAACCAACACCGAGGACUAUGACUCUACAUACGUUCCUGAGACGGAACAUGAGGAGACCCCAUACGAUGGGGAUGACACGUACACCGACGAUGACGAUGAAGAGAGUGAUGCCAAGUUCGCCCAAAUGGGCGAAUUGCUUGAGUGGUAUCAAAAAGGG